AUGGUCAGUGGUACACUAAAUUUUAUUCUCUUAUACGUAAGCAUUCACGUCGGCAAAGCGUGCUUUUCAUCUGGAGUUUGCGGUAACGGUUAUGGUUGUACACAACCUGCAGCUCCCGUAUGUUCUGGAGGUUGUGCUCCCGGAUAUGCAUGUGGACAAUACGGCUGCUAUUCUAGAGCACGUGCACGAUCCUCAAAAAUACUUGAGGAGGCGGUCAACGAUAAGCCUAGGAGUAAUGAUGCUGUCGCUAUUGUAGCCGCUGCUCCUGCUGCAAAUCGCCAGAAUUUAAAUCUCGCACAAGUGGCUAAUGAACGGUUCUAUGAAUGCUGUGUUCAACAACUGCUUCCAGAUAGUUGCUUGGAAAAAUGUUCAUAUAUGACAUACACAAAGAAUACCCUGCAAGCUAUGUACCUACAACUUGACAAAUGUCCAUUGUCAGCAUUAGCUGAUAUAUCAUAUUGUGCUGCCGGUGGACUGGAUCAUACAGAAUGUUGCAUACGAAAUAACGUUGCAACAACAUUUGCUGGAAGGAAGUGUCUUACAUUUUGCGAUCAGCGACCGGGAAAUGUGACGAAAUUGGACUUGUCCUACCUACCCUGCUAUGAACGCUUCGAAAAUAUCAAACGCUGCUUUAUGGAGCACAUUGGCACCAAAAAUAAGCCAGCAACUGUUGAUGCAAGACUUGCACGAACAUUCGAAACUUGA